CAAUACCGCUACCGCGCGCUCUUUGUUUGUCACGCCGACUCGAGCCUCGCACCCCCCCCCUCUGCCCACCUCAUCGCAACUACUAACAGAAAGCUUGAUCAGCGUCGGGAACUAUUAUAACAUUGCCGUGGGAAGGGGUACAAGUGCUUCCGCGUCAGUACCGACGGUUCUGCAGCAAUCUUAUGGUGGAGGAACGAGGAGCCGGGCCGAGAGCAACGAUUGACAGCCAAGGGUUGGGUAGCGCUGUUGGUCCGACGACCGGGGGGCAGCAGGGAUGCUACGAGCGUCUCCGAGGGGAUGGCGGACCUACCCGUCACGUUUGCUUGAUGGGGGUAUCGGAGCGCGACGAUGACGCCGUUGGAGAAGUGAGCCUUUCUUUCGGGAAGGUAUCGAGUAUCGAGCGGAACGCGAAGAACCGAGGCAUUCGGGUAGUGACGUACGAUGCAGUCGCAGAUGCGACGGCUGCCCAAGCGGGUCUGGCGGCGGGACUCGCUCCUCGAAUGGGCCGAACCGUGGCGGUUCAUUUUUGCUCCCUGGUCCCUCCGAAGCCGCGGGAAGGCUUGCGCUGUACUUCGGAAACCGCUGGCGUGGACGUUCCAGGCCUGACGUUAAUCAAAGGGUUUGUUACAGAGGAGGAAGAAGGUUCCUUGCUGAAGCACUUCGUGCAGGGUGACGACGUCCGGUGGACAGGCCCUCUCAAGCGUCGAGUUCAGCAUUUCGGGCGGGUCUUCGACUACCACACAAGGCAUGUGGACUUCGAUGCCCCCGCCCCGCCGCUGCCGGAGUGCCUGACGGACGUCGUGAGGGAGAUGGGGGAUCGAGGUCUCAAGCCGUCGGACCCGGAUCAGUUGACCCUGAACGAGUACAAGCCGGGGCAAGGGAUAUCUCCCCACGUGGACACCCACUCGGCGUUCGAAGACGGCUUGGCUUCGCUUUCUCUCGGCAGCGGCUGCGUGAUGGACAUGCGGCAUCCGGACGGUGUGCGCGUGAAAAACUUGUACCUCCCGCGAGGCUCGUUGCUUGUUAUGGAGGGUCCCGCGCGAUACGAAUGGUCCCACGGGAUCGCCAGCCGCAAAACUGACAUGGUUGACGGAGUGCUGACGAGGCGGGCGACGCGUAUUUCGUUCACGUUCAGGCGCGUGCGAGACCCGGCGGUGGCGUGCGGGUGCGACUUCGCUAAGAGCUGCGAUCGGGAGACGCCUGUGGCCACCGCCACCUUUCUCAAGAAAGGGUGA